UAAUAAAUAAAACAGAAGGGGUGUUUGCUUUAACAGUACUGUGACUUGCUACUUUAAAAUACUAUUGAAGAGCAGUAUCAAGAGAUCUUUUUCCAUACAACACACAAUGAGCUGUCCGGGCUUUGGUGAAGUUAACAUACCCUCUUCCCGGGCCUUCUGGGAUGAUUGCGAGGAAGACGAAUUUGAGAGCAUUGAGCCGGCCACAAAGUCGCAGCUGAAAUUUACUGUUGGUGCGGAAGAAGCACCAUUCGCUAGCGAGCUUUUCGUACUUGUCGAAGGACCGCACAUUAAAGAAUUUUGCAGUGGCGCGCUGCUUCAGGACGCAAAACCCAUUUGCGAUAUACCAGCCAAAACUUCAUCUUUGCAUUGGAACGCUUCAAAGGGACAAUUGCUGGCCGCACUGGAAGAGGAUCUGACUAGCAGUGGCGAAGUCACUGAGCUGCUCAUACCUUAUGCACAGUUGGCUAAACGCGUGCUGACCAUCACCAUAAAGCCCAAGGUAGACUACAAAAGUGAGGUGAUCGGCAGAUACAGUGGGCACGUGGCCAUAGUGCAUAGCGUAGGGGGCAAAGGAGACGAUAAAGCUGUGACCGAGCUAGAGGCACCCAACUUUAUAGCUGGCGUAGCAGCAGGCAUUGCGAGCUGGCGCAAUCAGAUGGAGUUGCCGGUCAGCUCUUAUGUUAUUUACACUGACAAGCUGCCAUUGGAUGUAAUUGCUGCUCAGCCAGUGCUCAAGCUGUUGCAGAAGCUUGGCGUACCGUGCACCGAACGUUAUAUUCCACCAGCCAAGGAUACCUCCUACUUGUAUAUGUAAAAAUAGUUAACAUAAGCUAAGGUGGCUGUUUAUAUUUUAAUUAAAGGUUGCGGUUGCAAGAAAAAUUAC